UUUUCAGAUCAUCCACUUCAACAGAAGAAGAAUAUUGUAUAUAAUCUUGUAGAUAGGGCAUUUUCAUUGUCCAAUAAAAAAUUCCAAUUUGACAACUUGAAAAAAAUUAAAAAUAUUUUAAAAAACAAUAACUAUCCUUCAGACUUCAUUGAAAAACAUAUCAAGAUUCGUGUUAAUAAAAUAAAAUUUUCUGAUGUUAAUAAUAAUAAUAACAAAACUAAUAUAUAUAGUAAAAUUCCAAAAGUUUGUUUACCUUUUAAUGAAAAAUGUUUUUUCAAGUUGUCAAAUAUCCUUAGAGAGUUUAAUUGCACGUCUAUUCCUCUUAUAAAUAAAAAUUCUAGUUCUAUCAUCAAACUAGGUAAAGAUUCGACAAAAAAAUGGGAUAGAACAAAUGUUGUAUAUAAGUUUGAUUGUAAAACCUGCCCUGCAACAUAUAUUGGCGAGACGAAACGAUCUUUACUAACUCGCAUAAACGAACAUAAAAAAGUGAAUGACAACUCUGUAGUGUACCGACAUUGUAUCAAUUUCAAUCAUGAUUUUGAUUGGGAAAAUGUGAAGGUUUUGGACAAUGAAAAAAAUUUUAUAAAACGACGAAUAUCGGAAAUGAUCCACAUAAAAACAAAUCAUUCCACUAUUAACAGAAAAGAAGAUAUUCUCACUCUAAAUAAAACGUUCUUUCCUCUUUUCAGACGUAUAGACUCAUGUCCAUAAUGACAAAACAAUAACAUAUCUUGCUGACCACCUGUGUUUACAUAUCAGUUCAUUGACUCUUUUAGUUUUCAUAGUUUUGACUUUCUUAUCUCAGUUUCUAAUUUUAUUUCAGUUGACACUGAGUCGUUGUAGAGGAAUGUCUCCUUUUCUUCUAUAUAAUUAUAAAUUUAAUCUCUUGUGUGGAAUAUGUGUCGUGUUUUGUUUUUUAAUUUAUUUAUUUAUUUAUUUAAUUUUUAUUCUUCAUGACGAACUAAAAUAGUGUUUUUAUGUUUUAAUGAAUUAGCCUGAUGAGGUUGGCAAACCUUAGCCAACGAAACGUCGCAUUACUGACGAAACACAUUGGAUUUCUUAUUCAAUUAUUUACCUUCCCAUGAUCAUUUAUUUAUCAAAUAUCAAUUAAACCAUGGAAGGAUUUAAAUCUACUCAAUUAUCAAUUUCGAGUCUUGGAUCGGAGAUAGACUCAACCUUGUUGUCAACAUCCUUUUUCACAUAUAUUGGUGAAAAAUAUGGAAAACAUCUUAAAGAUCUUUUAAAAAAAUGGACAUCUACAAAUAAACAAUUGGCGACGGCACUUUCAAAAAAGGUUUUUCUGUUGAGUUGUAGAAAUAACAACGUCUUUCCUCAACAUAUCAUCAAUCUACAAAAACGUGUAAACAUUACAUCUUUUUACAGUAAGUCAUGCAAAAAAACCUUUGCAAAAUUAAAUGCAUCUUAUCUAAGAAACAUAUUAAACAUUGAAAUCAACGACAUUCAUCUACAUGUGGAAUUCUUAAAAAAGCUUCAAAAUUAUUGUGAACUUAGUAUUAAAAAUUCAAAUUUUAACAACGUGUCUCGUGACAGAUUUUUUGAUCUUUCACGAAAAAAGUUCAUUCGCAUUUUACACGCCAAUAAUACUAUUCAUAAAAAUAAAUUAACAACAUUAAUAAAAAAACAAUCAGUCGAAACCAAAAUUUCCAAACCAAAUUGGUUCAAAAAUUUAACCGAUAUUGUGAUCCCGUCAGAAGUGGCUGAAGUUGCAUCAUUGGGUCCCAAUUUCUGUUUUUCAAAAGACAUCUCUAAGGUAGAUAUUAUAAAUACCGUAAAAAACUUAGAGUUUUGUUUAUCAAAAGUCGACAUUGAUGAAAAUUCAAAAAAUACUUUAAGGGGAAAAUUUUCUGAUGUUUUGUCAAAUAAUUUGAAAAAUAAGAAUUCAUUAACUAAUCAAGAUAAAUCUUUUUCAAAAAAAUUAAAUAUUACAAAAACUUUUUUAAAAAAUAAUCCUGAACUUUUUUUCACUCCUGCCGAUAAAGGCAAUGUGACAGUACUUUUAAAGAAAACUGACUAUAAUCAAAAAAUGACAAAUAUGUUUACUGACACUACAACAUAUGAACUUAUAAAAAAGAAUCCAAUUAAAAAACUUAUCAAAAAUACAUCAUCAAUUCUUAAAUAUUUAAAUGAAAAUGAAUUCCUUGACAAAGUUUAUCACCCGAAUCAAUUGACUUUGACUGACACUGUUUUGGCUAAAGCUUAUGGACUCCCAAAAAUACAUAAAGAAAAUGUCCCACUUCGUCCGAUUAUUUCCUUAAUAAAUAGCCCUACUCAUUUUCUCGCAAAAAUAUUGUACAACUCCUUAAAAAAUUGUAUUACUUUACCUCGGUCACACAUUAACAAUAGUUUAGAACUUAAAAACAAAUUAGACAAUGUUACUAUGGACGACAGCUACACUUUUAUCUCACUUGACGUAAGUUCCAUGUUUACAAAUGUGUCUUGUGAGUUGGUCAUUCAGAGUUUGGAUCGACGUGUUAGUUGUAUAAACCAAAAAUGUAAAAUUCCAUUCUCUGACAUUAUUGAUUUUACUAAAUUUGUAUUUAAUAAUACAUAUUUUUCUUUUGAUGGAAAAUUCUACAGACAGACAUACGGAACUCCGAUGGGUUCUCCAAUUUCACCUUUCGUCUCGGAUAUUGUAAUGGAUGAUCUGGAAACUGAAUGUUUAAAAGAGUUAAAAGAAAAACAUAAUUGUGUUCCACUUUUCUAUUAUAGGUAUGUGGAUGACACAAUUUUAGCCAUAAAAAAAGAACAUGUUGAUCUGGUCAUUGACACUUUUAACUCUUACAAUCGAAAAUUACAAUUUACUGUUGAAAAAGAAAAAGAAAAUUCUAUUAACUUUCUCGAUCUAAAGCUUAUCAGAGACAACAACAAAAUUAUUACAAAUUGGUAUCAAAAACCGAUUUCAUCAGAUAGACUCAUUAACUAUUUUUCAGAUCAUCCACUUCAACAGAAGAAGAAUAUUGUAUAUAAUCUUGUAGAUAGGGCAUUUUCAUUGUCCAAUAAAAAAUUCCAAUUUGACAACUUGAAAAAAAUUAAAAAUAUUUUAAAAAACAAUAACUAUCCUUCAGACUUCAUUGAAAAACAUAUCAAGAUUCGUGUUAAUAAAAUAAAAUUUUCUGAUGUUAAUAAUAAUAAUAACAAAACUAAUAUAUAUAGUAAAAUUCCAAAAGUUUGUUUACCUUUUAAUGAAAAAUGUUUUUUCAAGUUGUCAAAUAUCCUUAGAGAGUUUAAUUGCACGUCUAUUCCUCUUAUAAAUAAAAAUUCUAGUUCUAUCAUCAAACUAGGUAAAGAUUCGACAAAAAAAUGGGAUAGAACAAAUGUUGUAUAUAAGUUUGAUUGUAAAACCUGCCCUGCAACAUAUAUUGGCGAGACGAAACGAUCUUUACUAACUCGCAUAAACGAACAUAAAAAAGUGAAUGACAACUCUGUAGUGUACCGACAUUGUAUCAAUUUCAAUCAUGAUUUUGAUUGGGAAAAUGUGAAGGUUUUGGACAAUGAAAAAAAUUUUAUAAAACGACGAAUAUCGGAAAUGAUCCACAUAAAAACAAAUCAUUCCACUAUUAACAGAAAAGAAGAUAUUCUCACUCUAAAUAAAACGUUCUUUCCUCUUUUCAGACGUAUAGACUCAUGUCCAUAAUGACAAAACAAUAACAUAUCUUGCUGACCACCUGUGUUUACAUAUCAGUUCAUUGACUCUUUUAGUUUUCAUAGUUUUGACUUUCUUAUCUCAGUUUCUAAUUUUAUUUCAGUUGACACUGAGUCGUUGUAGAGGAAUGUCUCCUUUUCUUCUAUAUAAUUAUAAAUUUAAUCUCUUGUGUGGAAUAUGUGUCGUGUUUUGUUUUUUAAUUUAUUUAUUUAUUUAUUUAAUUUUUAUUCUUCAUGACGAACUAAAAUAGUGUUUUUAUGUUUUAAUGAAUUAGGUAGGAUAUUAUUCGUUGUUAAUUACUUUAGUGAAAAAUAGUGUUUUUUAGAAAACCUUUAUAAAUAUUAAAGUGCCUUUUCUGUUUUUAAUAAAUUUAGCCUGAUGAGGUUGGCAAACCUUAGCCAACGAAACGUCGCAUUACUGACGAAA